GGAAGGAUGUAAACAGCGUCAGUCGUCCCUUUUCGUCUGAAUCUGAUAUGUAGAGAGUUUUACAACAUAUCAGCGAACAUCUUUUGUCAACAAUGAACUCAACUAAAGGAUCUGGUGAUUCAUCUCAACUUGGUGCCAGCUGUGAAGGUGACUCCAUCAAAGUGUUCGUGCGGGUUCGACCUCUGACCCAGAGCACCGGGCUGACCACAGAUGGAGAUCAGAAGCUGUGUCUCACCGUCACCUCACCCAGCACCAUCCGUCUGCUGUCAAAACCAGAACCACGAACCUUCACCUAUGAUCAUGUUGCUGACAUGGACACAUCUCAGGAUUCUGUAUUCUCCAGUGUGGCCAAGAAUAUUGUUGAGUCUUGCAUAAAUGGAUACAAUGGUACUAUAUUUGCCUACGGACAAACAGGCUCAGGGAAAACAUUCACCAUGCUUGGACCAUCUGAGUUGGAUAACUUCACAGAUGAAUUAAGGGGGGUUAUACCUCGAAGUUUUGAGUACCUGUUUUUUCUCAUCAACAGAGAAGUGGAAAGGUCUGGCCAGUCCAAGAGUUUCCUCUGUAAAUGUUCAUUUAUUGAGAUAUACAAUGAACAAAUCUAUGACCUUCUGGACACAGCCUCAGCCAGCCUUUUCCUCAGGGAGAACAUCAAGAAAGGUCUUUUUGUUGAGGGAGCUGUGGAGAAGUUUGUCAACUCAGCUGCUGAAGCCUACCAGGUGCUGUCUAUGGGCUGGCGUAAUCGACGAGUGGCCUCCACCUCCAUGAACCGAGAGUCUUCCAGAUCUCACGCAGUGUUCACCAUGACUUUGGAGUCCAAAGAGUCUGUCAAUGAAGUGGUGAACAUCCGGAUGUCUCAGUUGAACCUGGUAGAUCUGGCAGGGUCUGAGAGGCAGAAAGACACACACACAGAAGGCUCCAGACUCAAGGAGGCCAGCAGUAUCAACCGCUCCCUCAUGUGUCUUGGUCAGGUGAUCAUGGCACUGGUCGAUGUGUCCAAUGGGAAGAACCGCCACAUCUGCUACAGAGAUUCUAAACUCACCUUCUUGUUAAGGGACUCUCUUGGAGGAAAUGCAAAGACUUAUAUCAUAGCCAAUGUACAUCCUGGAUCAAAGUGUUUUGGAGAAACGCUGUCCACCUUGCAGUUUGCUCAGAGAGCAAAGUUGAUCAAGAAUAAGGCCAUUAUCAAUGAAGAUACGCAGGGAAAUGUGAGGCAGCUACAAGCUGAGGUGAAGAAGCUGAAGGAGCAGCUUGCACAGGCACUAACUUCUCAGGCAGUGGACUGUGGAAGAGAUGUAGCACCCGGAGGACCUGAACUCCCCAAAGAAAUUCAACAUGAUCUCUCAUAUGAAGCAAAGUUUAUGGCUUCUGUUCGUCUGUGGAAGAAGCGAGAAGAGGAGAAGAGGACGCUGUUAGAGAAAGUGGCUCAGCUUGAGGAGGCCUGGACCCAGAAAGACAAGUUCAUCCACUCGAGCCGAAUGAUUGUCAGGUUUCGAGAGGACCACAUCUAUCGCCUUGAGAAAUUGAAGACAGGACAAAGCUCACUGUCAGACAAGGAGGGUCAGACUCUGAUCGACCAGCUGAAAGAGGAGAUAAAUAUCUUGAAAGAUCAGGUUGAACAUCACCCAAAGAUGACGCGAUAUGCAGCAGAGAACUUCAGCCUUAGAGAGGAGAACCGUCAACUUCGUUGUCUUGAAUCGGUGGUAAAAGCUGAAGAAGCUGCAGUCCAUGUUGCUGCUGAGUUGGAAGAGGCCUUCCAGAGGGCUUUGGAGACGGAAGGACUCACAGAGACUCCAGCAGCCUCUUCAGCCCCUGUGCCUGUAGAUACUGUCUCGGCAACUACAAUUGAGAAGCUGAAGGCUCAGCUGCUUCAGAAACAGUCUGACCUCACAGGUGCCCUUCAGGCCUUUGAGGAGUACAAAGAAGUCACCAACAAACAGCUGUCACAGCUGGCGUCUGAGAAAAGAUAUCUGGACAAGUCCAACAGGCAUUUGGAAAACAUUUUGGAAGCCACAAACGCAUACAAAAAUCAGGAGGUCUCUGAGCUGAACAGAAUUCACGUUGAAACUAUAAAGAUUCUCACCACGCCCACCAAAGCAUACAACUUGCGGACCCGUCUUGUGCCUCUCUCUAGCCCGGACCACCUGGAGACGACAGACAAUAAUGCAGACGACAUUUGGACCGAGCAGCCUCCUUCAGACAUGACUGAGAUGGCCUUGACUGAGGAACUCUGUCAAGUGCAGGAACAAGUUAGCCGUGCUCAGACACAGUUCAAUGAGGAGGAGCUAAAGAACAGCAAGCUGUUGCAGCAAAUUACAAAACUUGAGGAGCAGAUGGCUGUGAUAUCACAAGAGUGUGACCGCAAGGAUGAGCUACUUUCUUCUGAGCGGGCUAACAGAAACAAAGAUCACCUCAACCUGCAAGAAAGUGUCCAUGAGCUGCAACAGAGCCUUCAAUCUGAACAGCAAGCUGCAGAGUUGCUGAGGAGUGAAAUCCGUGAUCUACGCCUGGUGCUGCAGUCGUCGGAUACCGAGCUGGCCGCUGUGAGGAACGAGCUAAGAGACGGCCAGAGCGAGAAGCAGAGCGAGAUGAGCCAGCUCUCUAACAGUCUGAUCAGCACACAGCUCCAGCUUGACAAAGUCCAGCUGGAGUGGGAGCAGCUUCUGGAGCAGCAUCGGACACUGCAGGAUUCAUUUGACCAGCUCCAAGCUGAGACGAAGUUUGAGGCUGAUCAGGCAAGACAGCAGCUGCAGGAGAAGCAGCAGGAGAUUGAUGAACUGAAGGCACAGCUCACGGAGUUGAAUUAUUCUCUGCAGACUGAGCAAGAGCACACAGGCACCCUGAUCUCCCAGUUAAGAGAAAACAAAGAGAGUACAUCGAGAGAACUUAUUGAAACAGUGGAGCAGAAUGCACAGCUUAGAAAACAAGUCUCAGACCUGACAGUACAACGUCAACAACAGGAAUCCAAAAUUAGUGACAUUGAGCAAAAUGUUAACUCUGCAAACGAAACGAUAAAAGGCUUGGAACAGAAGGUGGAACAGGACAAAGAUGUUGUUUUAGAUCUCAUCAACCAAACCAGAGACCUCCGCAGUGAGCUGAGCCAGAGGGAUCAGACCAUCACCCACCUGUCUGGAGACAUCAAAGACAUCACAGCCAAGUUCAAUGCUGCCUGCCUUGAAAGGGAGGAGAUCCGGGAGCAAAACUCUAAGAUGCAGGCAGAAAUCUGUGAUAUGAAAGAAACAAUAGACAGAAGGGUAGCAUCAAACAAAAUAGAGGUGGAGGUGUUGCAAGAGGAGGUUGUUUAUGCCACUGAGGAGGUUGAGAGACUCACUAAGGUUUUAGGUGAGCAGAACAGUCUCCUCCAGGCAUCUCAAGAGCAAACAGCCCAGAAGGACAUCAUGAUGCAGAAUCUACAGCAGAAGGUGCAACAACAGCAAGAAGCUGUUGAAAGAACUAGCAGAAAUGGGCAUUUCAAACCCCUGGUUGAGUGUAUAGGAACACCUAAAUCAUUUCCUCGGACACCCUGCACUCCAGGAAGUUUCAACAGGGACUUGACCGAGGUGCUAGAGAGCCAGGAGAGGGAGCUGGAGAAUCGCCGCUCCUCCAUGAUGACCAUGGAGAUUCUGUUAACAGAGCUGAACGCUGAGAGGGCUGCCAAGAAUGAGGAGAUCCAAAGGCUUAAGAUGCAGCUGACUGAGAAAGAGAUGGUCCGAAUUGAGAUCCAGGCUUUACUUGACCAGUUUUACAACAAGCAGAACCAGCUGACACAGAAUGGAAAUAAUAAUGGGGAGGAGCUGAAUGGAGCCAUCAAGCAAACCAUACUUAAAGAGCUACAGGAGGAGAGAGCAGAGAAGAUUCAAAUAAUGCAGAAGCUCUCUGAUACUCAUAAAAGACUGCAUGCGCAGGAGUCGAUGUUGGCCCAGUCCCAAACCUGCGUUCAGGAGCUGACCAAUGAGCUGAGGAACCGCUGCCUAGAGUUGAGAGACCUGAGCCUGAGGAUGCAGGAGGAGGAGAAACUACUCCAGGAGAACGAGGUUCUCCGUAAGCAGAACAUUCAGCUGUCGGAGGAGAAUGGAAAUCUUGUCGGGCAUAAGAACCACAAACAGAGGAUUCAAUAUCUGGUGAAGCUGAAAAAGGAAAACACAAAACUUCAAGAGGAAAAUGAAAAGCUCAAAACAGAUUACUUAAUGCGGGACAACGGUGGAUGUCAGACACUGGAGAUAAUAUAAAUCCCUGAUUCUUUAAUUGUUUGUAUCUCUGUUAUUUGCAUCCAUUUUUUUUUUUGUAUGAUUUUCUUUUUUUAACUGUAUUGACGUGGUCAACUUUUAAUGGUUUGAAGUACAAAGGCUUUGUGAUUUAUGAUUUAUGUUCUUUUCAAUUGUGAGACUGUGCAGAAAUGAUUUUGCUCAUGAUGUAUUCAUAUUAUUACACCUCCUACAAAGUUUGGCGUGGAUGCAUACUGUACAUUUACAUUAAUCUGCUAUUUCAGCAUUAUAAAACCCAACAAGAGUAUGGAAAGACCAGCUGUGAUGAAACCUCCAUUAGUCCAUUUCCAUCCCUGUUGGGUUUCUCUUGAUGUACAUUAGUACACCUAGACCACAUUGAAAUUAUAACAAUGCUGAACAUAAUCUUAAUGUGAAAACUGAAAAAAUGUUGUGUUCAUAAUAUUUCAGGUGCUUAUGUUUAGUGCUGUGAUUGUUGGCCAUCUGUGUUGAAUCCAUUGUUUUAGUUUUUUGUAUUUUUCCCAUCAUACUGAGAUACAUAGCCAAUGUCUUUUUGUUUCAGAAUAAUGAACUUUUAAUACUGUAAUUAAAA